AUGGUCGAACCGCAUCUUUUCUGUGGGCCAGAGUUUAUAUUAGAAAUACCUGCAGAUUACCCCCAACCUCUUCAACCGGAUGUAUUAUUAAAACUUCAGACGGAACUGUACAAUCUUCUAACGUCUCCUGUACGUUGUAAGAUUCACGCAACCUAUGGUGACAACCCUAAUUUAAGUAGCAGCAGUAAUAAUAUAAACAGUGCCUCUGUACUGCCUCCACCAAAUAAACUCUUUUUUCUAAAUCUGCAGUCUUCACAGGUGGAAGAGGCGGAUAAUGAUGAAGGAGUCGUACGUCUUAUUCUACUUAUCACAGAUUCUCGGGCAGCGGCAGAGUUGUAUCUUAUUUGUUUAAAAAAUCCUUUUGUAGCUUUACCAUUUUCUAUGCGAUUACGUAAUAAAUAUACAGCUUCUGGGAGAAAUGCGAUUACCAAACCACUAGAGAUUUUACAAAAAAAAGAAUUACUACGUUCUCACAUGAAUUUUGAUGAAGAUUUAUGGAAAACAUUACAAGAAUCUCUUACACCAGAAUGGCUUCAAGAAUUUGAUGGGCAAUUAAAAGAACAACAAGAACAAAAGUAUGGAGUAGGACUCUUACGGGAAUCCCAACGGCAUGAACACUGUGUAGAGAGUUUACUACACUACUGUGAAAAACAUGUUCACUAUGUUGGUAUGUUAGAUGAAGAAGGGAAUGCCAGUCCUUUUCUAAUGUCUAUGGGUUUAUUUUAUCAUCUUGGACUUACCCAUCGUGAGGCCAUUCUACACUUUGCACGACAUCCACGUCGAACUAUACGUGCAUUAGCUCUUUUCAUUGCACGUUAUACUGUUGCUCCAGAAGAGUUGGAACCUUUCUUUGCCCCAUCCCUCACAGAUGAUGUGGUGAUUGCCUGUACAGAAGAUCAACAGUCCACGAGUUCCAUGCGGCAUCUCUGUGAACAAUUACUUUUAGAAGAUGAAGUCUGUGAGGCGUGGCCACCAACUUAUCAUAUUUAUUGGAUUGAACAUAAAGUACGUUUCAUGAUGCAACGAGUGGAGGCGGAAUAUAAAAGACGAGAGGAACUACGUCUAGCACGAUCGAAUGAUCAUCUUGAUAAGGAAACAACAGGAAAUAAAAAGGGAACAGAGAAAACAAAAGAUGGUAUAGAGUUAAAAGGUUCUGGAACAGGUGUGGGUAUCUUUGGUUUUCGUAAUAUGCGUGAUUUACAAUCUCAUGUACGAGAGAAGGAAAGAGUAUUGAUCCCACAGCGUAUUUUACAAUGGACAUUGGGAAGACGAAAGGGCGAUAUGGAUGAUGAUGAUGAUAAUGAUGAUAUCGAUAAUGAUGAUGAUGAUGAUGAUGAUUUCUUAAUUAAAGUACAGGUGGAGGGAAAGAGUGGAACUGAGUUUGGACAAUCUAAUCAUCAGAAACAGCUCUCUGUUCAGAAACAACAUAAUAAUAAUAAACAACAAGAGACCGCACGUGCGAAAAGAAAACGUCCACGAGAGGCAUUCAAAACACGUAUGUUGGUAAUGACAGAGGCGUACCGCACCAUUCUUCGAUUGCUUGGCCGUACGGAGCCUUUUGAGCAACGCGGGGAACACUAUCUGAGAUUUUGA